AUGAUCUAAAAAGCAUUUAAGCAGAAAUCACAGCUAUUGAAAAUUUAGCAAAGAAGCAUGAGUGUUUUGGGCAUGAAUAGUUCUAGUAUGCAAAACGCAGUCAUUCAUGAUCAUAACUAAAUGAAAAGCAAGUUGUAAUCUCAGUUCAAUAGAACUAAACUGAACUCUUUGCUGGGCGAUUUGCCUACUGGAGACAUACCUGAGCCGUUGAAGUAUGUGAGGCCAUUUGAGGUCACUGAAAUCUCUAAUGGAAUUCGAGUGUGCACUGAGAAUUGGCCAUCGCCAGUAUCAGCAGUUGGAGUGUUUAUAGGAACAGGAUCGAGGAACGAAACAAUCAGGACUUCGGGAGCAGCGCACUUCCUAGAGCACUUGCACUUCAAGGGGUCUUAGAAAAGGACUCGAAGGCAAUUGGAGAAGGAAGUGGAGAACUUAGGGUCGCAGCUGAAUGCUUAUACCUCAAGAGAACAUACUCUCUAUCACAUGCUAUGCUUCAAUGAUAAUAUCGCACACAGUGUUGAGGUUUUAGGGGACAUGCUUUGCAACUCCGUCUACGACAACUAUCAUCUUGAGAACGAAAAAGAGACAAUAUGGCAGGAACUAUUAGCAACAAAUCAAGAUUAUAUGGAAACUUUGAUGGAGGGCGUUUAUUUAAACACAUAUAAAAACCACAUGAUAGGGCAACCAAUCCUUGGAGAUAUUGACAACAUCCAUUAAAUCACUAGAGACAUGGUGGUUGAUUUCCACAGGACCAAUUACUACGGCUAGAACAUAGUCAUUGUCGGCACAGGAAGCGUCAAUCACUAAUUAUUAGUUGACCUCUCUGAGAGACACUUCCAUAAGUUCCCUAAGAAGGCUGUUGCUCCAAUCAAUAACACCGAGAAGCCAGUGUUUCACUCAGACGUGAUGCAUAUGAUUGACGAGGAAAUGAUGAACUCCAACUCAGGCAUAUUCUACAACUCCCCAGGCUGGAGGGACAAAGACUUCUACUCCUUCUUGCUGAUGCAGAGAGUUUUCGGAGGCUACAGUCAGGAGAGAAAUGCUGCUCACAUUGGUGAUGUACACUAGCAAUUCAACAGCAUGCAUGCUUUGCUAGCUGAAUGCCCUGAUAUACUAAGACACGACUGUAUAUACUCUCCGUACUCAGACUGCGGCUUCUUCGGCCACUACAUAUUUGGAAACGAUUCCUUUGUAAGGCAGCAAACUCACGUUGGAGAAGCUCUCUCCGAAGUCUAUGGAGAGCACUUUGACGAUGUUGAAGAGAGUCCCUAAGUCUGA